AGCAGUGGUGCGCCCUUCCUCGUGGAUCAUGAGAGCGUGGUUGGUUGUAGUGAGCUGACGGGGAUAUUUUUCCCUUUCCCGCGUUUGGAGGCUGGAGUCUCCGACUGGAAAUUUCAGGUUCGGGGUUGAGUCUUAGGCUGUCAUAUUGUUUUCUGGUCAAGGUUUCCUGUGAUGAGCAGAAAUUAAACGAGCAGAGUUUUUUCUCAACAUGUUGAUGUGGUGGGGAGCCGCCUUCUGCUGAGCUUUUGAGAAUAGGUUCAGGAGCGCGUUUGGUGGCCGCCAAGUCCAAGUAUUCCAGAACGCAGCUUAUGAUGCUCCAGGCAGACAUGGAAAAUUUCUUAACGUCCUCAGAUUCUGAAAAAUCUGUUGUCACUGACCGAGAGCUUCAGAAAGCAUUUACUAAAGGUUCGUUAAAGCCAGGUCUAAAUGUUGUGCUUGAGGGACGACCAAAGGCUUUCAACAAUGUGGAUGGAUUGAAACAGUGUUUGUCUGAAUUCCAGAGACAUUUAGCCUGGGUAGAAAGGCUUGAUGUGACUUCUUGUCUGGAAACAACUAUUGCUUCUAGCCAUGUGCCUGAUAAAGAUGCUGUUGACCCUGAGGAUGACUUCAAGAGAGAGAUGAGUUUUUAUCAUCAGGCUCAAGCUUCUGUGAUGGAAGCCUUACCUCAGCUACAUCGGCUCAAAGUCCCCACUAGGCGGCCUGAUGACUAUUUUGCAGAGAUGGCAAAAUCUGACCAGCAAAUGCAGAAGAUUCGUCAAAAGCUGAAGAGCAAACAGGAAGCCAUGGAGAAGUCUGAAAGGGCCAAACAGCUCCGUGCUUUGAGGAAAUAUGGCAAAAAGGUGCAAACAGAGGUGCUGCAGAAGAGGCAGAAAGAGAAAACCUCAAUGCUACAUGCAAUCAAGAAAUACCAGAAAGGUCUAUCAGACAAGUUGGAAUUCCUGGAGGGAGAACAGCCACCACUUUCUCAGAGCAAGAAGAAAGAGGAGACUGGAGGCCAAGUGAUAAAGAAAGGACCAAAUGCUAAACGACGCUACAAGAAUCAAAAAUUUGGUUUUGGCGGAAAAAAGAAAGGCUCUAAAUGGAACACUCGAGAAAGUCACAAUGAUGUGUCCAGCUUUCGUGCUAGUGUAGCCCACUGUAAGGGCUUGGGGAAAGCAAGAAAAAAGGGUGCCAACAAGAGGCCUGGCAAAAAGAUGAGGCAGAAAAUGAAGAACCGUUCCCGAUAGAGAAAUGGGUGGACUUUUUUUCUUUGUAAAGUUUGGCAUUCUUUUAGGAAGUAGUAUGAAAAUAGCAAGUGCUACUGUGUGAUGCUGAUUGUCACAUGUUUGUACAUGAACAGCCGCCAGUUGCUGCCUCUCGUCCACACUGGUUUUUCCUUCUGUGAGACUUAGAAAUUAAACAAUUUUGAAAGAG